GUCCGGUUGCAUGUGGACGACAUGAGAAACCGGGUUCCGGCGUGAGAGGAGACGAGAAAGGUGAAAUAACAGUGCAGAUAAAAGAAGGCAGAAGGCAUGGAUACUGGGGUACAGUCACGAGCAAAGCACAAAAGCCAUGUGUUUGGACUGCUGUUCUUCAAGCGGUUCCUGAAGCUGACCGGGUACAUGUUUCCCUCCUGGAAAAGUGUUCAGGUGCUGAUCUGUUUCCUGCUGCUUAUUCUAGGACUGCUGGAACAAGUGGUCAUUUUCUACAUUGGCAACAUCCCGUCCAAAUAUUACAAAGUUUUUGGUGACCGAGAUAUGAGAGGAUUCAGAGAGAAAACCAUCAUGGCUGUCAUUCUUAUUAUUGCAGAGGCCUUCAUAAAAGCUUCCACUGUCUAUCUUGCUUCUGUUCUGUACAUAAAAUGGAGAGGUUGUAUCAAUGCCAAAAUCCACAAACUGUAUUUCACAGAUCUCGUCUAUUACAAUGUCAAUGUGGCAGGGAAAAUUGACAAUCCGGAUCAGCGAAUCACGCAGGACCUGGACCGGAUGUGUGAUAACUUCAGUCAGAUCUUCGCUCCGAUCAUCAUAGCUCCCUUCACCAUUGCAUACUACCUCUACAAAAGUGUAGAAAGCACAAGUUACCUGGGCCCUGUGGGUGUCCUAUCAUUCUUCAUUGUUGCCACGGUGAUUAACAAGCUUCUGAUGUCACCAGUUGUGCAGUAUGUGUUCAGAAGAGAGAAAAUGGAGGGAAAUUACAGAUUUAAGCACAUGUUGCUGCGGGCUAAUGCAGAGUCUGCAGCGUUUUAUAGAUCAGGAGAAAUAGAGAAAUUCUACACAGACCAGAGACUCCAUAAACUACUGAAGACUCAACACCAUCUGAUAUUACGGCAGUAUGCACUCAAUUUUUCUGUGAAUUUGUUUGAUUACCUUGGUAGUAUACUGAGUUAUAUUCUUCUUGCCUUCCCCAUUUUCCAUGGCGAUUAUGACAACAAGUCACCAGCUGAUUUUUCCUCUCUCAUCAGUGCUAAUUCCUUUGUGAUUAUGUACCUCAUCAACUGUUUUACUCGCCUAAUUGACCUGUCAGUCAAAGCAGCAGAGGUAGCUGGGAACGCUCACAGAGUUGGAGAAUUGAUUGAAGAAUUGCAGCGAGUCAGAGAUAAGCAGGGGACACUGAACUAUGUGAGGAAGAAUCCACCCCCAAAUUUACCUUCCAGUGAUCAAGUUGAAUUAACAGAUCUCAAUAUUAACAGCCAUAUAGACCAGAGAGCCAUAUCCGUCACCGAGCUAACGUACGCUCCACCAAAAUCCAGUGACAUUCUGUGUAAAAAUUUAACAUUCCAGUUGGAGGCUGGAGUAAAUAUCCUCAUAACAGGGGAUUCUGGGUGUGGCAAGAGUUCUCUACUCAGGGUCAUAGCCGGAUUGUGGCCCUCUCAGAAAGGAAGUGUGAAAUUUCAUGAAAUUUUAAAUCCCAGCAAGAUUUUGUUUCUACCUCAAAAACCAUAUUUCACAGAUGGUACGCUCAAACAACAGGUGAUUUAUCCACUGAAAGAAACAGACCAUGGAUCAGUUUCACUAGAUGAUGAGUCAAUCAAUCAGUAUAUGGAGAUUACAGGGCUACAGAAACUGACAGAAAGAUCAAUGGGACUAGAGAGCUACUCAUCACAUGAUUGGUAUCAGGAACUGUCCCCUGGAGAGAUGCAGAGACUGUCCUUUGUCAGACUCUUCUUUCAUCAACCAAAAUUUGCAGUUCUGGAUGAGGCAACGAGUCAGAUCAGUAUUGACCUGGAGCGGGUGUUGUACACUAAGUGUCAGGAACUGGGCAUCACUCUAAUGAGUGUAGGUCACAGAGACACGCUUAGACAGUAUCAUCAAUUAGAACUCCGCCUACAGGGGCGGAGCAACUGGACAAUGCAGCCAAUCACAGAUAAUGUUAUAUCUGUAUGACAAUAGCAAAGUUAUAGAUAAUCAAUUAGGUUUAUUU